AUGACGCUCACUCCUACAGGCCCGGGCCUCUCACUCAAUGUCGUGUCAAUCGCCCUUCUUACGAUGUCAUGGGUUGUUGUUGUUGCUCGGAUAAUUGUGCGGACGGGCAUGAAGGCAUUCGGUUUGGACGACUGGAUGAUGGUGUCAGGCCUGGUCCUAUACACACUGGCUUGCCAGGCUACAAUUACAGCAUCCUUCAACGGCAUCGGUACUCACAGUAAUCACAUCAAUUCUUACCACGACAAGCAGGGGCGCAAAUGGUUCAUGUUCUUCCAGAUCUGGUACAUCGCCUCGACGGUGCCGAUCAAGUGCGCCAUUUGCAUCGCCCUCCUCCGCAUCACGCAGCAGCGCAAGUACCGCUACUCGCUCUGGAUCAUCAUGUUCCUGAGCGCCGUCGGCGCCAUCGUCACCAUCGUCACCGUGCUGGUCCAGUGCCAGCCCGUCGCCGCCACCUGGGACAAGACGCUCGGCCACUGCAUCGACACCAAGGCCAUCACCAACUCGUCGUACUUCCUGUCCGCCUGCUCCAUCGUCACCGACUGGUCCUGCGCCAUCCUGCCGGCCUUCAUCUUGUGGAACAUCCAACUCCGCUUCCGCAUCAAGGCUUCCGUCGUCGUCGUUCUGGCACUGGGUGUUGUCGCCUCCACCGCGACCCUCGUCCGCCUCCGCUACCUCCUCAACUACAACAGCCCGGACGACUACCUCUACGGCCUCGCCAACAUCGCGCUGUGGUCCAUCAUCGAAUCCGGCGUCGGCCUCAUCGCCGGCUCGCUCCCCGCCCUGCGCCCCCUCCUGCGCUACAUCCCCUUCUUCGCGUCCUCGCUCUCCAACAGCGGCCCCAGCAAAGACGGCGUGACGACCAUUGGCGGCGGCAACACGGGCAACAAGAGCCGACUGACGGGCAACCACACGCACCACCACAAGCUGGACACGUUCCGGAUGUCACGGGGGAGCAUGGAUGGCGGGGAUGCCGUUGGGGUGGCGAUUGGACAUCAUCAUAGGGACGGAGGCGUGGCGGAUGGUGAGCACUCGCACACGGUGGCGUGCGAGGCCGGAAAGCGCAACUGGGAGGAGCUGUCGGACGCCGAGAGCCAGAAGUACAUUCUCAAGGAGAGCCACGUGACGGUGACGAACGAGGCGGUGGUCGGCGUCGAGCAGGUCGAGCUGGACGAGUUCGAUCAGGGGUUGCGGCAUCAUGCGAACGUCCAUACGCAUCACCAUCAUCAUCACCACCAUCGGCAACAUAGUCGGGACUCGCCGUGA